AUUCAUUUCAUUAAUUCGUAAAUAGAUUUCGCGCCAUAUAACGAGUGCAUCCGGUGAAAUUUUAUUGCACGUUUCAAGAGGAAUUUAAAGAACGUCUACACAUUCAAGACACCCGUGGACAAAACAUAUUACAGAAGAUAUAGACGUUACAUAUAAAGAAUGAGUAAUAUCCCAGACGGUAUUAAGGAGAAUGUACGGGCAGUGUUGCUCUCGAAGACGGACGGUUCUGGUAUCCUGGUCAGCACCUUUCUCAGGGACUAUAAAUCAAUCAUACACAAGCCUCUGAUGUUCCGAGAUCUUGGGUACCCAUCGUUAGAGAAAUUUAUCAAAGAUAUACCGGAUGUUUGCAGACUGGAAUACUCGGAUCAGAGCAUGGCGUUUAAGUUGUUCGGCAUUGCCAAACCCAACACAUUUGUAUCUUCAUUUGUGAAGAGGGCAGAGGGUACAUGUAAUACUGAAUCAGACUCCACUGUGAAGACUAUUAGUAAAGGGGAGAGAAAGGGGAGAGAAGGGGAGAGAAUCAAGCCGUCAAAUGAUCUAAAUGAGAAAUGGGAACCAAAUUCACGGGGAGUGUAUUCCCUAUGUUUUCCCAAUAAAAUUGACAACAAUUUAACAACAAAAGAGGCCGUUUUUAGGAAGUUUGCUCAACUAGGGGAGGUGGUAGACGUAAACAUUAUUACAGCGUUAACAUUUGUCCGGUUUAGGGAAGAACACGUAGCCAAGAAAGCAAUCGAGUUAUAUGGUGACGAGUUACGAUUAAGGCGUGCCGACGAGAAGCCUGAUACAAUCGGUGGUAGAAACAAAAGCAACAAAAAACCGUCAAGCGAGGGAAGGGGGGCAGUCAGAGGUGAGGGGUCAGGAUCUCGCAUGGUUAACGGUGGGGGAAAUAAGACAAUGAACAAUAAAAAAUUAGAUUAUGGCGAUGAUGAAACUUGGGAUGAUGUCGAAGAUGAUAUAGGUCAUCAACAGGCGAAGAAAUCAAGUCCCGGUGGUUAUAGAGGUAGUUCUAGUAUGUCAAACACAAACACCCAGAAAUAUGACAGUUCACCACAAAACAAACAUUUUAGAAAUAACGCCAUACAUGAAGUAACAAAUCGCGGAGAUGCCAGCUCUGAUAGAAAUAUUGAAGAUAGACUGUCGGGAAAAAUUGGCUCUAAGAUGUUGGACAAUAUGAUGUCACCUGUUCAAGUAUAUAUUGGCAACUGGCCAAACGCAGCAGAUGAGAAUGAUCUGAAGGCAUUGUUGAGCCCUUAUGACUGUAUUGGGUGCAGAAUUCUCCAGUCAAAAGAUUCCAGUAUGAAGAAGUUUGCCUUUGUUGAUUUGCAUAACGAGAGAGAUGCUCAAAAAGUGGUGAGUGACCUUAACAACACAGUUUUCAAAGGACGAGAUCUGAAAUGUAGGCCUGGGUAUAAGAAAGGUGACAAAACACAGAGUAAUAAUGAUGACACUCACAGUCCAGGGAAACAACCAGAACAAUUUUCUGGUGGCAAGACAUCAAACAGAAACCACCAUUCACCCAAGGUGAAUAAUUCACCGAAACUAAACAUGAGUAUGCCACUUUUGGAGACACCCGCUUCUCCCUAUAGUACAAUGCCUCCGCUAGAAAGUGUACCUGAUGAGAUGCCGCCACUUGAACCAGUGUACUCACCGGCUAUACCGGGAGGACCAGGCAGGUCGAAACAUACCGACAUGCCAGUGCUGGAGGAAAUCUCAGCAAUAAAACAGGCAACUAGUGGUGAGAUCGGGGGCAGAUCUUACAUUCCUGUACAACUUAAUGUAGGGAAUUUCCCAUAUGGAACUAAUGAGUAUGAGUUGAUGGAGAUACUAGGAAUGUUUGGGGCACAGAAAAUCACAAUAAUGAACAAUGAUAUAUCAACAAGGAGCACAUAUGCCUUUGCUGACUUCUGUAACGUAGAACAUGCGAUGGUCGCCAUGGAGAACUUGGACCAGAGUGUGUUCAAAGGGAGAAAACUUGUGGUGACGUUGAGCAACCCUGGCGCCAUAACCCAGACACAAAAUGUUGGUCAUGCUCCAAACAUGUCGUACUCAGCUUUUGAUAUGUCACAGAUGUCGCAGGUAUCACCUGUUUCUUCUACCAUGAAUUCGGAGACAGGAUACCCGAGAUCACAGCAACAAAACAGAGGUAGCUCCAACAUGCAGCGACUGACAACUACGUUACAGGACUACACGAAAAUAGCUACAAAGUUACGUGCAGAAGAGCAGUUUCAGAGUGUCCGCGACAUGCAGCUGACCGUGAUGGUAACGCAUGUAGAAAAUGAGAAGAUUUUCUGGGCUCAGAUCCUGCAAGAUUCAAUUAACGGAGAUAAUCAAGAUUUACAACAUUUAGAAACCCUGGCAAGCCAGUUACAGAUUGAACCCAAAACUACAACUACAGCUGGAUUGGGAAGAUGUGUUGCUAAGUUUGAGAACGAAUGGUUCAGAGGAUGGUGUACCUUUGAAACAAUGAAGAACGGAGAGGCGUUAGGGGAUCUUAUUUUCAUAGACUACGGUAACAGGAUUAUGGCAAAAAAGACAGAAUUGUUCAGAGCCAAUCCUGCCUUCUGGACUCUACCCCCAAUGGCUAAACCUUUCAAACUUGUUGACUCCAAGCCAGAUUUACAGAAUUGUUUAAAUAAGAUUGCUAAACUUCAGGUGAUUGAGGCGGGUACUACUAAAACAAAUUCAGUGAUUACAGUGAGACCACUUCAAUGGUUUUAGUGAUUUUACAGUCAAACUGUCCAGGAAUGGGAAAAGAUUCUCUGUGUUUAUUGUUCCUAGUUUGGCAAAGGAAAAGUUUCUCUUUUUUAUUGCUCCUAAUUAAGGAAUGAUAAAGUUUCCUGUUUUUAUACCCCAUUUGCUUAGAAAAGGAAAAGUUUUCUUUUUUUAUUGCACAUAUUUAAAGCAAUGGAAAAGUUUCCUGUUUUAAAUGCCCAUUUGCUUAGAAAAUGAAGUUUUCUGUUUUUAUUGCACAUUUUAAGCAAUGGAAAAGCUUUUUUUGUUUUUAUUGCUUUUAUUUCCUUCUUUAGAACUGGAAAAGUUCUAUGUAUACACAAUUUUAUUACUUUUUAGCUCACCUGUCACAAAGUGACAGGAUGAGCUUUUGUGACCGCUUUUUUGUCCGCGUCCGUCCGUCUGUUGUCCGUCUGUAAACUUUUACUUUAAACAACAUCUCCUCAUAAAACGCUGAGCCAAUUUCAUCCAAACUUCACAGGAAUGUUCCUUUAGUGGUCACCUUUAAAAAUUGUUCAAAGAAUUUAAUUCCAUGCAGAACUCUGGUUGCCAUGGCAACCAAAAGAAAAAACUUCAAAUAUCUUCUUUAAAAAAUCCAAAGAGCUAGAGCUUAGAUAUUUGGCAUGAAACAUCUUCUAGUGAGUGUCUACCAAGUUUGUUCAAAUAAAAUCCCUGGGGUCAAAAUUGGCCCCGCCCCAGGGGGUCAUUGAUUUUCCCUAUAUGCAUAUAGUAAAACCUUAAAAAAUCUUCUCUAAAAGAACCCAAAGACCUAUAGCUAAGAUAUUUAGCAUGUAACAUCCUCUAAUGGGUGUCUACCAAGCUUGUUUAAAUAAAAGCCCUGGGGUCAAAAUUGGCCCCACCCCAGGGGGUCAUUGAUUUUCCCUAUAUGCAUAUAGUAAAAACUUAAAAAUCUUCUUUUAAAGAACCCAAAGAGCUAGAGCUAAGAUAUUUAGCAUGAAACAUGUUCUAAUGGAUGUCUACCAAGUUUGUUCAAAUAAGAGCCCUGGGGUCAAAAUUGGCCCCACCCCGGGGGUCAUUGAUUAUCCUUAUAUGUGUAUAGCAAAAAAUUUUAAAAUCUUCUUGUAAAGAACCCAAAGACCUAGAGCUAAGAUAUUAAGCAUGAAACAUCCUCUAAAAGGUGUCUACCAAGUUUUAAAAAAGAAAAGCCCUUGGGUCAAAAUUUGCCCUGCCCCAGGGGGUCAUUAAUUUUCCCUAUAUGCAUAUAGUAAAAACUUAAAAUCUUCUUUUAAAGAAUCCAAAGACCAAGAGCUAAGAUAUUUAGCAUGAAACAUCCUCUAAUAGGUGUCUACCCAGUUUGUUAAAAAAAAAGCCCUGGGGUCAAAAUUGGCCCCGCCCCGGGGGGUCAUUGAUUUCCCCUUUAUGCAUAUAGUAAAAACUUAAAAAAAUCUUCUUUUAAAGAACCCAAAGACCUAAACUAAGAUAUUUAGCAUGAAAUAUCCUCUAAUUGUUGUCUACCAAGUUUGCUCAAAUAAAAGCCCUGGGGUCAAAAUUGGCCCUGCCCCAGGUGGUCAUUGAUUUUCCCUAUAUGCAUAUAGUUAAAACUUAAAGAAUUUUUUUUUAAAGAACCCAAAGAGCUAGAGCUAAGAUAUUUAGCAUGAAACAUGUUCUAAUGGAUGUCUACCAAGUUUGUUCAAAUAAGAGCCCUGGGGUCAAAAUUGGCCCUGCCCCAGGUGGUCAUUGAUUUUCCCUAUAUGCAUAUAGUUAGAACUUAAAGAAUUUUCUUUUAAAGAACCCAAAGAGCUAGAGCUAAGAUAUUUAGCAUGAAACAUGUUCUAAUGGAUGUCUACCAAGUUUGUUCAAAUAAGAGCCCUGGGGUCAAAUUGGUCCUGACCGGGGGUCAUUGAUUUUUCUUAUAUGUGUAUUGCAAAAACUUAAAAAAAAUCUUCUUUGAAAAAAAAAAAAAAAAAGGCUAGAGUUUAGAUACUAAGCUUGAAACAUUUUCUAGUGAGUGUCUACCAAGUUUGUUGUAAUAAAAGCCCUGGGGUCAAAAUUGGCCCCACUCCCGGGGUCAUUCAUUUUCCUUAUAUGUGUAUAACAAAAACUUAAAAAAUUUUCUUUGAAAAAACUCAAAUAGCUAGAUAUUAAGCACGCAGCAUCUUCCAGUGAGUGUCUUGAAAGUUUGUUCAAAUAAAAGCCCUUGGGUCAAAAUUGGCCCCGCCCUGGUGACAUUGAUUUUUCUUAUAUGUGUACAGCAAAAACUUAAAAAUCUUCUUUGAAAAAAAUACGGAAUAGCUAGAGUUUAGAUAUUAAGCAUGAAACAUUUUCUAGUAAGUGUCUACAAAGAUUGUUCAAAUAAAAGCCCUUGGGUCAAAAUUGGCCCUGCCCCAGGUGUGUCAUUGUUUUUAACUAUAUGUGUAAAGAAAAAACUUGACCAGCUAGUCCUUAGAUGUUUAGCAUGAAACACCUUAGAUGUUUAGCAUGAAACAACUUCUAAUUGGUGUCUUCCAAGUUUGUUAAAAUAAAAGCCCUGGGGUUAAAACUGGCCCGGCUCCGGGGACCUUUAAAAAGGUGAGCGACUUCAGGGCCUUCAUGGCCCUCUUGUUUUUUUUUGCCAACUUUGCUGGAAAUAAUUCCAUCUCAUUGAUUUGUUUAAGUCUUUUUCAGCUCACCAUAACUAAAGGGUCAUGGUGAGUUAUUUUGUAUAGGUGGGAUACUCCAAUGUUAACAAAUAACCAUCCCUUUACAGAAUCAUUAUUUUAAAGUGAACUAUAUAUGCAGUUUAAGAGUAACUUUCAUAAAUGCCUGGCCAGAAUUUACUCAAGUUUACUUUGUAGCAAUUAUAUGGUCUUCAAACUGCAUUUAUAUACUCAUCUUGUACCAAUUGAACCUUUAAAUAGACUUUGAAAAAAGUGAAGUAACAAAGAUUCUUUAAACAUGUAUGGAUUGUGGUUUAACUAAGUGUUAAACAUCCCUACAGCAUCCUAACAUGGUCAUAUUAAUUAAUUAUUGUAAUAUAAAUUUGAUUUGCAUCUUGUUCAGGGAUGGCCAGAACUUUAUAGAAAUACCGGGAAAAAAUUAUCUUUUCUUGUCAACAAAUGAAUGGAUCAUUUCUAAACUAUGUUUUUGUAGCAUUGUUGGAUGGUCCUCUAUCAGGUUUCUAAAAUAAAUAUGGUAACCCAUGUAAAUUUUAUUUGCCAAAAUUUUUAAUGUCAAAAAUGGAAAUGCUCAAUUAAAUAUUAUUUUACCCUAUCAAUACUUUAAUGCAUGGAACAUUAUGAAAGUUAGUAAUUGGUGUCAUAAAAUAGACUAGCGAUUCUAGAGACUUUUCAAGUUGAAUAAAGAAAGCCCUUGUGACAGACAUUGCAAGUCUUUAUUCUGGUGAGAAAUGUGAUUGUUUUGGCUCUUUGCCAAGAAAGGUUGUGCUGAUAUUUCUAUUUAUCUUAUUUUUUGCAUCUUUCCAAAAAAAAAAUGUUUACAUGUCCCAAAAUUUGAUGCGCAGAUAAAUUUAGUGCCAAAACUUUUCUGUACAAUAAAUUUCACCAAGUGUGAAAUUUUCCUCUUCGUACAUUUUAAGCUGCUUUCCACAGAUGAAUAAAUAAACAUUUUAAAAAAUCAUACUUUAAAAAAUACGUUACUACAUGUAGUUUAACAAAUCCUUAUGAUAGUUUGUAUGUUUAAUACAAAAUGUGACGGAACUGAUUUUGUUGGUACCACAUUUCUAAUUGGUUACUUAUUGAGUAGUACCUAUUUCUUCAUUUUUUGACAAAUUGUAUGAAAAUACUAGGGAUAGUUUGUACCAUAGGCUAGUUUUAGUAGCUAUAUAUUUUAUAAAUUUUCAAUAAUACAUUUACAUUAAAGUUUGAGGUGUGAUGCUUCAGAACUGUGUAUAUCUAUAUUGAUAUUUAACACAAUGAAUAGACUUAUUAAUAUUUUUUCAAGAAGUUUCUUUACCUGAUAUUUAGCACUAAUAUCGGGUGUCUUUUUUUUCUUGCAGUUUGUUUUUUGACUGCACAAUGUCCGUUGUAACUUGUAUGAAUUUUUCCUUUCGUCCUUGAUGUUGAAUAAUUAGUCUUUGAUUUAAUUACUAGUCUUUGAUAUAAUUAUUUACUUAAAGAUCUGAGCAUAAUCUUCAUUUAUUAUAUAUAUAUUUUUAAAUCAAUAUAGUUAAGAUAUAACAAAUGUAAAUACUGUUUGUAUUAUUGUAGAAAAGGUAGAACUUUUCAAGCUCUUCAUUAGGAUGGCUUAUAUUUUGAUAUUUAGUUUAAAAGAUAUGUUGUUGUCGUUUCUUUAUCACUAUUAUUUUUGUAUCUUUUCCUUAGUAAUUUGAUAAUUUCACUGUGAAAUGUAUAGGAUGUAUUUAGUAAAUAUAUAUUUUUUGUUCAAUGGAAAGAAGUAAUUUUUCCCGAAGCAGGGACAUGAAAUUAUGUUAAAAUGUGUCUAGUUUUGAAACAAAAAAUAAUUUUCUUUUGCAGGAAUUAUUAUCUUUUUUGCCUUGGGAAGAAACUUGCCCAUGUUAUGUGUAGUUUUGUCGAUUUAUCCUAAAAAAAAUCUAGUAAAUUUUGCACAACAUUUCACCGCGUAUGGUGAAAGAUUUCCACAAAGUCUUUUUAUGAUCACUGAAUGUCCGUCAUUUUAUCUUUUGUGCAACAUCCAUAAUUGUUUUAAUAUCCAUUUCCAUACUAUGGAACACGCCAAGGAUAUUCCCUUCUUAAAACGAAGCCAGACCAAAAGCUGGCAGAAUUUUUCUUGUCUUUUCCACAUUUUUGUCUAGUAAAAUUAAAUUUUUAAAGUGAAAUUGUUAAAAAUGAAAAUUGUCUGUGAAAGCAUUAGGCUUGGAGCAAAAUUUUUUACUAUGUUGCAGUGUUGAUAUAACUAUUACUAAAUUGGUUCAAGUAUUUCCCUUUGGGGUUAAGCUUGGCAAUUAUCAUGGGGUCAUUUUAUAUCCCGACAUAGGAAAAAUUUUAGCAAUCUAUCUUAAUCACAUAUCACAUGCCUCUUUUGUGAUGCCUGUCUGUGUGAAAACAAUAUUGAAAUGCAGUGCAUAUAUAUUGACAUGACAUCAGUUGCAUUCUACAAACAUUGUGUAAAGUUGUGCAAAAUGCUAGCACCUUGGUACAAGCUUAUCAGUACAAAAACUAUAUUGGGCUACUUAAUUAAUAAAAUAUUAUAUUUUGUAGCUUCAUUAUUACAUUUUUGAGCUAAUAUUUUAUGCAACCAAGGCUUGUCUGAUACAAUAUUAUUAAAUUCAUCUUGUUCAGUAAAUUCAAUAUUGAACUUACACAUAUUUAAUAUCCUCUAAUUCCAAAUAAAGCCUUCAUUUAUUGACCUAUAUUUGAAAUAUUUUAGAAAUAUUUAGUAUCUUGAUGGACCUAUGUGUUUGGACUGGGUUUUACAAGUCACUUGAAUGAAGUACUUGUUCCAGGAGUCUAAAAAUAACUUAAGUGCUUUUCAACAUAGAGUUAUUCUAAUUCCUGCUGACUAUAAACAAUGAAAAAGUCUACUUGGGUGAGUGAAAAUGAGUUGUGUCCCUUGCCAACAGUUUUUUUCCUACCUUCAAGAGUUGCUUCUCUUGUCCAUAUUUCCUCCAUUUGUAAAUAAAAGUUGUUUCCCUUGUCCACAAGAGUUACUUCUCUUGUCUCUAUUUGUUCCAUUUUUAUAUAAGAGUUAUUUCCCUUGUCCAAAAACAUUUCUUAAACUAGUAUUCUUUUCAUACACUUUCAUAAAAAAACUUAUUUAUAGGACAUUAGGUUAGUCAUAUUCUUUUCUUUUGAUGACUUAAAUGUCAGAGUCAAUUUACAUUUUGAUACUUUGGUUGUAGUGCUUAAUUCAAUUUUGAUAAUUUUACUGCUGUGAAAUAUAUUUUCAUUAUUUCACUAUUUUGUAUUUUCACUACAGUGUAUUAUGCUUCGAUAAUUUCACUAUUGUGAAAUAUAUUUUCAUUAAUUCACGACUUGAUAUUUGCACUACAGUGAAUUAUAUUUAGAUAAUUUCACUACUGAAUAAUCUUUUCAUUAUUUCAUUGUUUAAAUGCAUUUAAUAGCAUUUAUGGUACAGUUCAUUAGCACUGCAUUUUCAAAGUUAGCAAAUAUCUUCCUUGUUACAUAAUUUUUCAACAAAAAAACAAAAAAAACAA